UUUCGUUGGUCAACGUAAAAUGUUGUGAGCCACGCUUUUUGCAAUUGUUUUUGGCCUUUUCAUAUCGUUUUGUGUCAUGGCCUCCUUUGGCUGCACAUUUCCAUUGCUGUUGUUGUUGGCGUCGAUGCUGCUGCACGUGACAAGCGCUCUGGAGUUCAUGGAUGAGUCAGUGGGCUAUGAUGAGGCGGCCCAUUUGGCGCACAAUUUUAACGAUGACGAUUCAGCCGAACUGCCGGCCACACUGAACGGCUAUACACGUGACACCAUCAUGCAUUUCAAUCCCAAGAAAUCGGAUGCCAACUUCCGACAAUUAUGGGAACGGGUGCCAUCGCAAAAGGUCGAUGUAAUUAAACGUAGAUAAACGAAGCUCAUUAAUUUAUAAAUUGCAUCGAAAGGAGAUACAAAUAGUCUUACCCUAAAUAUUGAAUCAAUAAGGAUAAAUGACAUGUGGUCAUAUAUGAUACCAUUUUUAUUUUUUUUUUUUUGUGUAUAGACAUAAGAGUUAUAUUACAUUAAUGUGAAAAAGCA